UGCCACCACCAGCUGCGGGCGGAGCAGCUGGAGAAGCUGGUGGAGUGCCUGGCGCAGAGCGUCCGGAUCAAAGAAGGGCUGCCCGCCUCCGCCGGCAGCGGCCCCCCGCAGCCCCGCGAGUGGGACGUCUUCAGGUGCCGCAAAUGCCAGGGCUUCCUCUUCGAGCCCGUUUCCUUGCCUUGCGGACACACGUUCUGCAAAAAGUGCCUGGAGAGGGACCGGGCGGCCGAGUCCCGUUGCGUCCUGUGCAAGGAGGAGGGCGGCGCGGCGGCCGGGCAGCUCCUGCGGGUCAAUGUCAUCCUCAGCAACCUGCUGGCCAAGUGGUUCCCCUGCCAAGUGAAGGCUUCGCAGCUCAGGCACGAAGGGAACCUCUUGUACAAGGAGAAGAAGCUACAAGCCGCCCUCCAGAAGUACAACGAAGCGGUCAGCCUAGCUCCAAAUGACCACUUACUAUACAGCAACCGGUCCCAGAUUAACUCUACUUUGAAAGCUUGUGAAGAUGCGUUGCAUGAUGCAGAAACAGCAUGCAGACUCCAGCCAUACUGGUUGAAAGGUCACCUAAGGAAAGGACAAGCACUAGCUAAUCUGGGGAAAACAGAAGAAGCUUUAAGAGAGUUUCUAUUCUGCCUUGCUCUAGAUACUGGGAACAAGACAGCCAAGUCUGAGGCACAGAAGCUUCUACUUAGUUUGUUUUCACUCAUCCCGGGAAAUGCUCAGGAACACUUACCCGAUAUCCUGCAGCUGUUGUCACAUCACUCUAGAUUAAAGGGGAAUCUCCUAAAUUCAGUGGGAUCUGGAGGCACCAGCCAUAACCUACAGAGGUUGCUCAAGGUAAAUGUGGAACAGAAAAAGGGUUUUCCCAUUCAAGAGGAACCAAAUGUAACUACUUCUGGUAGUUUGAGGAAAUCUGUACAAAUUACAGAGAGCAAAAAGGACUGCUCAGAGGAGGAGAACAAAGUUACCUCCACGCCAGAGUCUACCUUUCUCAUUUCUGAGAAAUGCAGCCUCCUGAAAAGGAAGUGCUGCUCAGAGGAGAUGCGAAAUGCUGAGGUAACCUGCAAACUGAUGAAGAAAGAUACAGUUGAUACUAAGGGAAAUAGUACUGGACAACAUAUUCCAUUUGAAUUCGUGGAUCCAUCAGAUCUGGACUGCUCCCUUUGUAUGAGGCUCUUCUAUGAACCUGUCACUACACCUUGUGGACAUACCUUCUGUCUCAAAUGUCUUGAGAGAUGCCUGGAUCACAACCCAAAAUGUCCCCUGUGCAAGGAAGGGCUCUCAGAGUGCUUGGCUAUGAGGAAAUACUGUAAAACAGUACUAAUGGAGGAGUUAAUAGCUAGAUAUCUUCCAGAGGAACUCACUGAAAGAAGAAAGAUUUAUGAAGAGGAAAUAGCAGAGCUUUCCAACCUAAAUAAGAAUGUUCCUAUAUUUGUCUGCACAAUGGCUUAUCCCACAGUCCCAUGCCCUUUGCACAUUUUUGAGCCGUGUUAUCGCCUGAUGAUUCGAAGGUGCAUGGAGACUGGCACCAAACAAUUUGGGAUGUGCAUCAGUGACCCUGUAAAGGGGUUUGCAGAUUAUGGCUGCAUUCUGGAGAUAAGAAAUGUUGAAUUCUUUGCUGAUGGUCGCUCUGUUGUAGACAGCAUCGGCAAGAGGAGAUUUAAGGUGAUACAGCACAGCCAGCGUGAUGGCUAUAAUACAGCGGAUAUCGAGUACAUUGAAGAUCAAAAGGUGCAAGGACAAGAGUAUGCUGCAUUACUUGUUCUCCAUGACUCUGUCUAUGAUCAGGCAUAUAUGUGGUUUAACUCCCUCAAGCAAGCACUCAAAAGUCGAAUUCUCAGUCAUUUUGGUCCAAUGCCAGCUAAGGAUCCUGACCCACAGGCUAACCCUAAUGGGCCAGCCUGGUGCUGGUGGGUCCUGGCUGUCCUUCCACUUGAGAACAGAGCUCAGCUCCCUUUCCUUGCCAUGAAAUCCCUCAAAGACCGCUUGAAUGGCAUCAGACGUGUCCUUACAUUCAUGUCUCGUACAAGAUCACGGUGAUGAUUUGAGUGUCAGGAUGUUUCAAGCCUGAAUUUCAAAGAAAAUGAGUUAUAAAGAGCAAGGGAUAUUGCAUCUGGAACUCUGAGAUGAUUAUUGAAUUACUGCACUGCUAAAUUAAUAACAAAUGUGACAGAACAAAAAGUGAUCUUGUUCGCCAUAAACCUUUCAAAAAGCUUAAGGGUUUUUUUUAAUUUAUUUUAUUUUUUUUAGUGGAUAAAGGAUAAACUGUGCAGUUUAAUGUGAAGCAGAAAUAAUAAUGCAUUAUUUCAGUGAACUGCAGUCUUUUAUUCCAAAUGGUUCAGGUUUUAUAUAGCAUUGUGUAAAAUAAUGUUCACAACUUCCGUUUGAUAAUUUAUUUUUGCACUAUGAUUUUUGUUUCAAAAUGUAUAUUAUUUAUGUGUUCAUUCUCUAAAGGAAAGUGAGCUGCUCUAUUUAUUUAUAGCGUUUUUACCCUGUAUUUAUGACUGGGGGCAAAGUGAUGAUUCUAGCAGUGCACAAGCAACUGCUUUGAUAAUUUUUCAGAUAUUUGUGUUCAAAUACUUUGAAUGUUUUUCUACUUAUCCCCAGUUCUACUGUAGCCUAAGAAGGAUGUUUCCCCCCCACCCCGAAACAGCCUGCCGUGAAGUCUUUGAAUACACAGAUUAUGUCUGAGAUAAUUCAAGCACAGUUGUUGGAGCUCGAUCCUAUGCUUGCAACUAGGUUCCUGAUAUAAAAAAAAAAAUGCUUAACCUUAAGCAUGAGAGUUUAAGUGCUUGGGUAAAUUCAAGUAUUGAUCAGUUGAUGUCAGUGGGAAUUGGCCAUGGUGGUGACAGAAGGAUCUAUCCCCUAAUUUUUCAAAGAACAGAGAAUAACUUGGAGUUGAAUUUAUAUCUGAACUCUUUCUUGCAAGAACGGAGAAUGGCUACAAACAACUGCGAAGAAAGAGCCACAAUAUAUGAAAAGUGGCUUUUCCUAAAGAAAACUGGAAGUACUGGUAUCAUUUCAUUGUAGGUUACUACAUAGAUUAUUUUUUUUUACAUCAACUCUUGUUGCUGUUAAGAUCAGUUUUAUUUCUUUUAAUUGUUUGGUGGAAUUUGGCUUUGGAGUGUGUGUAUGGGGGGGGUAAUUUUGAACUGUAGGACUCAGAGGGCAGUUUGUGUCACAUGAGAAGGAACGUGUUGUAAUAAAUGCUAUUUAUUUCACCCCAUCUUCAGGUUUCUGUUAGCUUCAAAUCUCUACCCAGCCAUGGCAUUUCUCUUAAGAGCUUGGGUAGUGUUGCUAAUAAUAGCUAACUCCCAAGGAAAACAAGUGAAUUUUAGCAUGAUUACUUCUAGCUAUAAAGCAGGUAAAAAUAGGGCAGAAAUGAGAAUAGGAAGUAUCUUUGUUUUGACUUUUUUUUUAAAUCAAAAGUUUGUAUACUUGUUUUGCUGCUUUUAUUGCUUUCAAUAUACCACUUUCUGGGACUGAUCUUGCCUCCAUCUGACUUUAACUUUCACUGAUUUCAAUGUGAGCAGAACUGGGCCUUUAUUCUAAACUACUGUUUUCCUUUUCAGUUGCAAAAAAUAGAUUGAAUUGAGAAUGUUAUGGAAUGCUACAAGUUUCAUUGUUAUUUUUACCCAGGAUAGCACUCUUUGCCAUUCCAUGCCUUUAUGAAAAAAUGCAGUAGAAUUUAAUGUCAAUUUUCCAUGUGUUUUUCCACCAUCAUCUCAUCAGAAAUAUUUAUUAACUAAAAGUAAUUUUCAUCUUAAGUUUCCAUAAAACUACCUUUGUUCCCCCUCUUGUUAAAUUCUAUAGAACUUUUCUAUAAGGGUACCAAAGAAAUGAAUGGAAGACAAACAUGUUUCAACCUUGUAAUGCAAAUGAAAUAUGUAUCCUGUGUUUGCAUUGAGCUACUCUAGAAAUGCUACAACUUCUUUCCAUACUGCUAGAUUGUUGCACUUCUUCCAUAGGUGGUACUUUACAUGCUUCUCCCUAAACAAUGUAUAGAAGUACGUACGUGUUCUGAACAAUAACAAUGUGUAUGGUUGCUUACACCUGCUAUGGCAUUUGUCUUCAUAAGUCAAUAAUGAAGUGAUCUCUACUUGUUCGCAAGUGAAGCUGCAUUAAGUGCAAUUCUUCCUUAAACCAUUAUGUAUUAUUGCAUAACAUAAGGGGCCCAUAUUGCUCCCACAGAAAAAAGUUGUCACUUUGUUACUCUUAUUUGUGAGAAAAGGACUUUAAAUACCUAUUUUAAACUGUUUUCUCACUGAUGUCACUAUUCUUUUUUCCUGCAUGCUAUGUCUUCUACAUAUUCAUAUUCUGCCUCUUUUGUUGAUUUAGAAAUUGGCAUGGAAAGAAUCCUUGAUUUUAAAAGUGAAUACUGUCUUUUCUAUUAGCUUUGAGUAAAGCUGCCAGAAUUUCCUAAGCAGAAACUUGUGUACAUGCCCUAUAUCAUAAAUGCCCAGUGUAUUUGUUGCAACCUGGAAACACUGGACCUACUGCAUGUAAUGCAUACAGUUGAUCUGCAUAUGCACAACAAAUCGAAUGCAUCAAGAAAGUUCAUCUGUACAUGUACAGUAGCAUUCUCUCUGGGACUGCUCGAUGGCCACACAUCCCAGAUUAGUGGCUAAAGUCUGCAAAUUCUAUCAGAAGAAGAAAAAACCCAAAAAUUGAGAAACAGAUUUUCUAGAGAACACAAACCUGUCCAGGAAAAGCUGGACAAGGAGUAGCCUUAGCCUUCAGUGAAUUGAGAUGGUAAAGUUUCAGUAAUGAGGCUUAAAAACAAAAAAAAAAAUCUUCUAGUUAUGCCACAGCAUUGCUGAUUUUUUUCAGUUGUAUUAAUUAGUACAAGGAUGUAAAUGCAACAUUUAUUACAGGCAUGAAUAAACAGCUGAACAGAUUUAAAAAUACCCUCACUUUAAUUAUAGCAACAGCAUUGAUCAGAUAAAAUACUAAUUGGGGGAGUGUUUUAUUUAAGCCUCUCACAUUUUUCUAGACACCAAACCCAGUCCCAUAACCAGUCUUGCUCAUCUGUUAAAAAAAAAAUCAUGACUCAAACUUCCAUUUCCUGUGUGGCCAAGAGGUAUUGAUUAAUCUUUUGUUGCAAGGGCAUAAGUAAUGCAUAGGCUUCUUGCUAGUUCUUAAAAAAAAAAAAAAAAAAAAGGCAAUUUUCAUUGACCCUAGUGAUCAGUCCCCCUUUAAAAAAAAAGGGGGGGGGAAUACAAAAAGCAAGUCUUUUGUAAUGGGGGCAGAGAGGGAACCAAGAUCAAACUAUAGAUCAGACUGUAACUGAGUCAGUGCCAGUCUCCUGGGCAAUAUCACGUAAACAUCUCCCAGAAAUGACUUGCAUUUGUAAGAUAUGGGUUUGUUAAUCUGAAAUCUCUUCACUUUGCUGUAAAUGAAGUAUUUUAAAAAAUACAUUAAAAUAAAUAACAAAGACUGGCUGUAUCACCUUUCCAAAUCCUUGUACAGUCAGAGAAGUUUUCUGCAGGAAGUAAUACUAAUUUUUCAUUCCCAUAUAUAGACAGACUUAUGACACUCAAAAUAACUUUGCUUUGUCUUAUAUGCUCCUUUGUAUAGCGAUAACUUAAAGGGAUAUGUUUCCAUGAAAAUAGCUGUUAUUUUGGCUAGCAUGACUUGGUUGAAAGUAAACCUGAGACAGGACUGGAUUAAUUGGGGAAAAAUCAUGAAACCUGACAAUGAAUUUGGACACAGUUGUGCAAAGUAGUUCAGUAGUUUUAAUAAUGAAAUGAUAAAAUGGUGUAGUAGGCCAUUAUCAUGCUAAGUCUUAAGUGACAUUCUGGUGUUAGCUGUAAAAGUUUCUCUUUUUUUUUUUUUUUUUAAUUUUAAGUGCUGAUAUCUUAUCUUCCAUUACUUUGUAGCAAUAAGAGAUACCAGCUGUCAUACUGAAUGGUUGACCUAUUGCUUGGCCUAUCCUUCUGUCCUGUAUGACUACUUACUAACAGAACACCUGAACCACGGAUUUCUUAAUCCAAAGAUUAUGUUAAUCUAAAAAAAAAAAAAAA